GUCAUGCGGGGAGCGGAGCCCGGCCGGCCGCCAGCGGGCUCCGCUGCGGCCCGAGCGCUGCCUCCUGUCUGAGCAUGCUCCCGCGGGGCUCCGCCGCUAUAUAACGGGGCCGGGGCGCCGGCGGCAGCGGCUCUGCUGAGGCAGCGGGGGAGCUGCGCUCCGCGCCGUACUGCGCCUCUCCGCGCCGUACUGCGCCUCUCCGCACCGCUCCGCUCCGCACGGUGCCGCAGCGCCGCUCGGUACCGCGCUCCGCACCGCGCUCGGCUCAGCACAGCGCUCCGCUCCGGUCAGCGCUCGGCUCAGCACCGAGCUCUCUCCGGCACCGAGGUCUCUCCGGCCAGCAGCGGUCCGCCCUGCUCCGCACGGCCCCGCAGCGCCCCGCGGGGCCCGUGGCUGCCCCGCUGCCCGCCGGAGCCCCGGCGCCCGGCACGGCCGAGGCAGCGCGCCCCGCUCCGCCGGCCCCGGCCCCCGCGGCGGGCUCUCCCGCGGGCGGCGGGAUGGCCGCGAAGCCGGCCGAGCUGAUGGGCAUCUGCUCCAGCUACCAGGCGGUGAUGCCGCACUUCGUCUGCGUCUCCGAGGAGUUCCCGCCGCCCGCCCGCCCCGCCAAGACCGCCAAGGGCAAGCUGCGGCGGCCGCGGCAGUCGCGCUUCAAGACGCAGCCGGUGACUUUCGACGAGAUCCAGGAGGUGGAGGAGGAGGGGGUGUCCCCCAUGGAGGAGGAGAAGGCCAAGAAGUCCUUCCUGCAGUCGCUGGAGUGCCUGCGGCGGAGCACGCAGAACCUGUGCCUGCAGCGGGAGCGCCUGGGCAGCUGCCGCCUCCGCAACAGCCUCGACUCCAGCGACUCGGACUCGGCCCUCUGAGCGGCGGGACCCGCACGGACUGAGCUGCAGCAGCCGCGCCGCCGCCGGCACAGAGCGCCCGGACGGGCCGGGAUGUUUUCUAAGAAAGCGCUUGUACCUUCGUUUCUAUUUGAUUGUAUGAAACUCACCGUUUAAAAGACCAAAAAAAAAAAAAAAUCUUUUCUAUUCGUUAGAAGAAAUGAGCUGUUUUAGAUGCGCUGAGCUGCUGGACUUUAUAUUUAUUUUUGCAUUUAAACUGUUGACUGCAUUAAUUUAAUAUGUUUCUACCUGAAUGUCUGUUAUUAUUUCCAUAAAAGAGUAAUAAAUCUGAUAUAUUUGCACAGUA